ACAAAUCAUAAUCAAGGAACCUCUCUAAAACCCUACUCCUCUCUCUCUCUCUCUCUUCUCUUCUUCUCCAAACCAAAUCUCUCGAUUCCUUAAAAAAAACCCUAAUCACGCCUCUCUCAAGUUUCAUUCUUUCUCACCGGACUCUCCUCGGUUCUGUCUUUCUCUGCCGCCAGUACGUGUGCAGAUAUGGCUACCGAGGAAGGUGUUCGUUCAGCACAGGAGGUUUCUGAAGCCUUUGUGGACCAGUACUUUCUAGUUCUAAGACAGCAGCCUGACCAAGCUUCUAAGUUUUAUGCCGCUGGUGCUGUUGUCAGCAGACCUAGACCUGAUGGUUCUAUGAUGACUUUUAAUUCCAAUGAGGCUAUCAACGAGCAGAUCAUUUCCUGUGACUAUGAGAAUACGACAUUUGAGGUGCUGAGUAUUGAUUCUCAGAGUUCUUUGGAAGAUGGGAUAUUUUUCAUGGUUGUUGGUUUCGUGACUGGAAAAGACAACCGGAGGAGGAAGUUUUCUCAGAUGUUCUAUCUUGCUCGUCAAAAGGACUACGAUGUCCUCAAUGACAUCUUCCGUUAUGUUGAUGAUGACGAAUCCACCCCGAAAACUCUGCCACUUCUUGAACCUGUGUCAGCAGCUGAGAAGGUGAAGCCAGCUGAUGGUCCAAAGAAGACUGAGAAGUCUGUUAGUGCUUCUGUUCAAAAGAAUGAUGUUGCUAAAGCUAAUGUUCCAUUGGAAAAUGGAAAGGUCAAGCACUCUGAUGAAAAGGCUGUUACUGCUCAAAAGCCAGUUGCUGAAAUAGUUGCUCCUCAGCUUGAUGGAGCCAAGAGAUCGUAUGUUGCAAUUGUUCAAUCAAUGGCACAAAACGUUGCUCCGCUUCAAGUUAAAGCUGUUAAAGCCCAAGCCCCGGUUCAGAAACCUAAGAACAUGGGACAACCCCGUGCAGCUGGAGCACCUCAAAAACCUGCUUCUGUCAGUAACUCUGUAAAGAAAUUCGAUCAUAAGAUCAAUGAAGAACCAGGAACUUCGAUAUUUGUGGCUAAUCUGCCAAUGAAUGCAAUGCCACCUCAACUCCAUGAACUGUUUAAGGAUUUUGGUCCUAUCAAGGAAAAUGGGAUUCAAGUCCGAAGCUCCAGGGGCCAGACUUCGGUUUGCUUCGGGUUCAUUUCCUUUGAAUCUGCUUCCUCUGUGCAGAGCGUGCUUCAGGCUGCCAAGAACACGCCCUUCAUGCUUGCAGACCGUAAGCUUCGUGUAAAGGAAAAGGAAGUUGACUACGAUGGAAGUAAACAAUCUGGGAAAACCAGAAGUGGAAGCGGUGGAAGCAAGACUCAGGCUCAGGCUCAGGCUCAGGCUCAGACUCAGGCGCAGACUCAGACGCAGCAGACUCAGGCUCAGAAUGGCUCUGCAGCCUCUGCAGAUGACGGAGAUGAGUUCACUGUCGUCAGAAGCCGUAGGAACCGUGGAGGUGGAAGUGGUGGAAGCAGUGAAAGCAAGACUCAGAAUGGAUCAGCAGAUGGCGAAGAUGAGUUCAAGCCGGUCAAAAGCCGUAGGAACGGUGGAAGAAACAGUGAAAGAAGAGGAGGAGGAGCACGCAACGGAAACGGAGAGAAUUACCAAAAAAACAGUGAAGGAAGAGCCCCCUAAGGUGAAGGAGAAAACAGAACAUCUUGAUGACGGUCUCCUUUACAAACACCAACACAAGAACACCUAAACUUUGCAGCUUUACUAGAAAUUUAAUUGUUUCAAGAGUUUGCAAAUUGAGAUUACAGAUUCAAAUAUUUUUACUUCUUUUUAGGUCUUCUUAUUUUUUGUUUUCUCCUUAUGGAACUCAAUAUAAUUCUUCAUUUCCUACUCU